AUGCUAUCGCACCAAAGAGCCUCAAUGCAGGGUCGCGCUCUCCACGUUGACUUCUUCUGGAAGAACUUCAAAGCGAAAGUCGUCGAGAAAGACGAUCCAGAGGCAAAACCAGUCUACCUCGUCGACUUCAAAUCGCUCAAGCCCCAUCUGCCUAUCACGCUCAAAACACAGAAGCGCUUCAAGCUCGAGUACACCCACCAGUCCCGCACCUACUCCGACACCGACGAGUCCGUAACCAUGCACUGGACCAGCGACAGCGACUUCAAGGUCUGGGAUUUCAUCUGCAUGGAUGCCGAUCAGAGACCCGUUGCGAAGUAUUCCGCAAACUUCUGGGCUGUCAAGAAAAUCGGCACCAUUGAAUUCAUGGGGCCGAAAGCGAACAAUGAGGCCGUGAGGCAGGAGAUGUUGGUUAUGGGAUUGACGCUCUUCUACUGCGUUGCACUACGAUCGACCAGUAUUCUGUCAUUCUUUGGCGCCAUCUUCUCGCAGCCGAGCCGCAAGAGCAAAACGGAGCGAGAAGCACUUGUGAAGGCGGAAGAGGAGACGCAGCGGGAGAAGAAGGAAGAGGAAGAACGAGAGCGACCUGGACAGGUGCAAAAUAUAUGAUUUCGAGAUUGGACUUCAACAUCAUUUUGAUUCCUCCUCACUCAUGGUGUUAUGGUAGAUAGCCAUACCAUUAGGCGAAAUUCCAUAUCUUUUCCUUCUCUUUCGAAUCGUCCUUCUUAGCCAAUUGAAAG